AUGCAAAACGGAAUCGACAUAAAUUCUUCGGAAAAGCAUGAAUUCUUUUCUUCCUGCAAUCACCAAUCAAAUGUUGUCUUUGUAGAAACGCUUCGCCCCUAUCACAUCUCAAAAGCAGACAGAAAGAUAACGGUAUAUAACAUUCUGCCACUUUUUCUUUAUAUCUAUCUAUCUAUCUAUCUAUCUAUCUAUCUAUCUAUCUGUCUGUCUUUUCCUUCUUUUUUUUUUUCUUAUAAUUUUCUUUUUUUUUUUAUAAUUUCCUUCUUUUUUUUUUCUUUAAUUUCCUUCUUUCUUUUUUCUUAUAAUUUCCUUCUGUUUUUUUAUAAUUUCCUUCUUUUCUUUUUUCUUAUAAUUUCCUUCUUUUUUCUUUUUUUUUUUUUUAUUUCUUUUCUUUUUCUUUCCUUCUUUUUCUUUUCUUUUUUCUUUUCUUCUUUUCCUAAUUUCUUUUUCUUUUUUUUCUUUUCUUUUUUUCUUAUAAUUUCCUUCUUUUUUUUUUUUUUUCCUUUUUUUUUUUCUUAUAAUUUUUCUUCUUUUCUUAUAAUUUCCUUCUUUUUCUUUUUCUUAUAA